AUGGAAUGGUUUGAGACUCUGGCCAUUGAAGAAGACGACAAGAAGCCCCGUGAUAGGUCGAGAAACAUUGACGACACCUUCAUGGUAUGGAACCAUCGGAAUACAGAACUAGACACCUUUCUGAAGCACAUCAACAGCGUAAAAUCUUCCAUCGCCUUCACAAUGGAGAAGGAAGUCCCCAACGAAUUGCCAUUCUUAGAAGUGGGAAAGAGGACCGACACUGAGUGGGAAACACCCAUAUACCAAAAACCCACUCACACGGGACAGUAUAUGAAUUACAAAUCCCACCACCAUCAAUCAACCAAAACAGAAUUCAUCAAGACUCUCGUGAAUCGUUCUUUCAGGUUCUAUAAUACGAAGGAAGGUUUCGAGAAGGAACUAGCCAUCACCAAAGAAGAUCUUCAACGGAGUGGUUACUCCAAAGUAUUGAUGGAACAGACUUUGGCUGGAAUACAGAAAGAGCGUCGCAAGGAAGAGAAGCCGUCACAACCAGUACUCACCCUUCCCUACGUCACAUGA